CACGACAUUCCCGCUCCGUCAAAUCGCGGUCGUCCAGUGCGCCUUCCAGUGGUCCCCGAUCUAGUGGUCCGUCGUGGUCUCUCCCAGGGGCAUUAGGAUUCCUCCUCCUCCCCUUAACCCCCUUUAAAAAAAAAAAACAGUCUUGGCGAGAAAAAAACUCCUUGGCUUUUAAGACUCGGAGAGAGAAAGAGGAGACCAAUUCGGAGCCACAAUGGGUGACGACAACGCAUGGGUUUUUGACAGCUUAGUUGGUUUUCUGAGGGGGCCUGUCUGGAAUGUGCCAAUCCUCACCUUCAUUGAACACAAGUCUCUCAUCUUCGAGCCCGGCUGCGAGGAUGACUCCGAACACACCAAGAUCCACGAGGAAUACAAGAACCUGGUGGACUUCAUGCUGGGGUCUUACAUGGAGGACAUUGGCAUCACCCCCGACCAGUUCGAGUCGGCUUGCGGGAAGGCUUCUAUCAAGACCACGUUCCAUCAGACGCUGUUCGAGCAAGUAUGGGCUGCUGACGACUACGAGAUUUUCAAGAGAAUGAUGAUCCAGAAGAACCUCGAGCUGCAACUGCAAGCACUGGAGCUGCUGCAACAACGUUAUGGCAUCAUCCCCGAAUCGUGUAUGCCUGGCGAUGCCAUGAGUCCCGAGGAGCAAGCAGUCAUGGAGGAAGUUAUCAAGAAGUCCCUCGAAGAACACGAGGCGGCGCAGGCGAGUCUGGACGAGGAAACGCGAGACCUGGAGAAGGCGAUCGUGGAAUCGAAGUUCGAGAAAGCGAAGUUGGAGCAGGAGCGGAAUAGGGAGAGGGAGAAGCAGCUCGCCGCCUUCGAGGAGUCGGCGCCCCAGAAGAGACCCAAGUCCUCCAGGGCAGCUAGGAAGGUGCUGGCUGGCUCAGACAUCGACGCCCACACGCUGCAGGUGCGGAAGGCCCUGGCGGAGCGACUGAAGGCAGAGGUCAUCGGGAACCAAUAAACCACAUGAGGAAUUAUGUAGAUCUCCUAAGUCGCUUCCUUAAACUUCAUUGUGUUUUUGUUUUUUAGUUUUUCCUUUUGGCUGUGUCUCUUUGUCUGUCGGUCUGUUUGUCUUGCGAGUUCCUAUCUCCUGUCUUUGACUCGACUGUUUGUCAGUUUCUCUGUCUCUCUCUGUCUCUCUCUCUCUCUCUCUCUCUCUCUCUCUCUCUCUCUCUCUCUCUCUCUCUCUCUCUCUCUCUCUCUCUCUCUCUCUCUCUCUCUCUCUGUCUACCUAUCUCUCCUCCAUUUCCCUGUAAUGGAAUUUGCGUUGAUUCAUCGUAUUAAUAUCAAAAUUUCUCAGCAUUUCCGUGGGACGAAUGAAGCGUUUGCGAUAACAUUUUCCCCGCUGUUAUUUCCUUGUAAUGUUCUUUGUAAUUGUCGGUUCUUGUUCGCAAACGCAAAGAAUGGAGGAGUCAGUAUUGAAACAACAGUCUUCUUGUAAUGCAAUGUUGAUGUAAGACUGGAAUUGUGUGAAUUACAUCGGGUCAGUGGGUGAGAAGAGUGUGAAAUAGGCACAUACAAAAAAAUGAAAGAAAAAAAGAAGAAAAAAAUGUAGUUUUUUUUUUUGUUUAUUUAUAAGAUGUAUACAUAAGCCUUAGGGUCAGCUCGAAGCAAGAAAAAAAUAAACAAUAACAACGCACAAGAUCAAAUGCUGUUUCUCAUAUCAGUUUAAACGCUUCCAAAUACUCGAUUUCUUAUACUCCAGUAAAGUCAUAGCACGUGCACACAAUCUGUCUCAUGCUUAUUAAAGAAUUCAGUCCUCCCAUUUUCUCUGUGUUUAUAAUCCGUUUUCUUUUGGAGAGGAAAAAAGUAAAAUCUGGUUAGGGUUCGGUGAUUUGAAAUGUCCUCGUAAAUAAAUUUGGCAAUGGUUAGGAUUCAUCCCCGGUUGACGAAAGAAAAAAUCAUGGUUUAGUAGUAAUGAUCAGUAUUUAUCAAUGGUAAUUGUUAUAUGAGAAUGACAUGAUAAUAACUUGUUUAUUAUUUUAAGCGAUCACUAAACUUUUAUUAGGCAUGUUUUCAUCACAGCCAUGAUUCGAAAGACAAUUUUAUAAGUGAGACAGAGAUGGAGGAAUUCCGUUUAUCCGAACUUUAAGGAAAAAAAACAUAUUAAACCUACUCCGCAUAGCACGAGACAUUUUGUUGACUGUAUAAUUGAGAUUAUUAUUGCUAUGAGAUAUGUGAUACAAUUUCUACUCUCCCAUGCUCAUGCGCACUGCUCAAUGUGAUAAAAUAUGCUAACGAGAAUACAAAAUGGUGUUUUGCUUAGUCCUAGUCAUAAUAUUUUCUUUGCUUAGUGACCAGUAUUUUAGGAACUUUAUGCAGUCGAUUUACCAAGAUUCAGUGCCUUUAUCUUCAUCUAUGUUUCACCAUUAUUGGCACAGAGAUAACUUCUGGAUGGCAAAUGCCCUGCAGAUCUUAAUCUGUUAAAUGAGAACUUUAUGAAUUGAAAUUUCAGGUUGGUAACUGUAAUUAGGGGUUUUAUUUACACGUCCAUGACUUUGAUUAUGCGAUGUGCCUCUGUCUAUGCAUCUUUGUUGUUAUACGAUGUUAGGGAGACCAAAUAUAAAAUGAAUACCCAACCCCCCUUAAAAAUGUGUAACUGGUGAUUGAUAUUUUUUUCUUUUAUUCAACUCGUCAGCGACACUGUUGUUCACCCAUAGAAAUAAAGAAAAAAAUAUGUUUAAACUAUAAAGAGAGUGAUAUUUCCAUAUCAUAUUGCCUUCACUUUUUUUUUAGUUCAAUAAAGAUUUUCCAUGUGAAUUUGUUAUCGUUUGGUACAAUGAGUUAGAAUUUAGAAUCACGUUUAUAUGAUAGUGUAUUGCACGUGGAUGAGUAUUUUUGCCUAAAGCACCGCGUCUGCACAAUAAACGAC